AUGCUUAUUUCUACUACAUACUUUUGUUUCAUCUUAGUACCAUUACGUGCAAGUUCCAUUGAUAUUCAUCCGAAUGCUAAAUGGGCACAGAAUGGUAUCACUGUUGCUGGAGGAAAUGGAUCGGGCAGAGAAACCAAUCAACUCUAUUGGCCAUGUGGAUUGUACGUCGAUGAUGAUCAAACGAUUUAUGUCGCCGAUCAGGGUAAUCACCGUAUUGUGGAAUGGAAAUCUGGUGCAACGAAUGGAAAAGUGGUUGCUGGUGGAAAUGGAUCAAAUAAUGGAGCUCAUCAGUUAAACUACCCACGAGAUGUGAUUAUCGACCAAGAGAGCGAUAGUCUCAUCAUCUCCGAUGUUAGGAAUAAAAGAGUAGUUCGAUGGCCUCGUCGAAAUGGUACUCGUGGAGAAACAAUUAUUUCAAAUAUCGCUUGCGUCGGUUUGACAAUGGACGACAAUGGUUCUCUCUAUGUCGUUGACAAUGAAAAACAUGAAGUGAGACGAUAUAAAAUUGGUGACACUAAAGGAACAGUGGUUGCAGGUGGUAAUGGAAAAGGAAAUCGUCUCGAUCAACUCUCUAAUCCCCGCUACGUAUUUGUCGAUCGAGAUCAUUCAGUUUAUGUGUCUGAUCGUGACAAUCAUCGUGUAAUGAAAUGGGAAGAAGGUGCAAAACAAGGCAUUCUUGUAGCCGGUGGUCAAGGAGAAGGAAAAAGUCUUACACAAUUGAAUCGUCCUCAAGGAGUCGUUGUCGAUCAAUUGGGUACUGUCUAUGUGACUGAUUCUUGGAAUCAUCGAAUCAUGCGUUGGCCAAAAGGAGCCACACAAGGAAGUGUCAUUAUUGGUGAAAAUGGUCGAAAAGCGCAGUCGAAUCAACUCUCUGUUCCCAUUGGUUUAUCAUUUGAUCGACAUGGUAAUCUCUAUGUCGUCGAUUUCGAAAAAGCUCAAGUACAAAAAUUUAAUAUCGAAUGA